AAUAUUUAUUUUAUCCGGAAGAAUCCAAAUUGUCCAAAAAGUGUGCAAGAAUUUUUUCUCAUCGAGCCACUCGUAAAUCAGAACCCACUCGAUAAUUCUCGAUCUUCGUCUUAACGAUACUAAACGAAGGCAUGUUAAUUUGGAACGUCAUACACGAACGUUGUAAUUGGCUGGUCAUACUCUGCAGAGACGAAGAAGGACUAAGUGGAGGCCUAAUGCAUCAUUUCCAAAUUACACGUUUAUCCCCCGUUGCAUUUGCAGGUCCGAGUCCGGGAGCAAUUACCAUGCCGGGCAUCGAAGGAACGAAAGCAUGUAUGCUAUGACCGGGCUGUACGCGGAGAGCGCGAAUACAGGAACCGAUGAAACCACAGACCCAUUGCAGGCGACUGGCAGCAGACUGACUCACGACACCGUCAUCAGAUGUCACAGUAGAAAUCCCAGUUCUGGCCUCGUGGACCAUAGGACGGAGAAGGAGAGAGCGCAAACUCCACCGUUUAAUCCGGACUCGAAGGACUGCGGGAUCCUGAGUUGCAGGCCGGCCUUUAUACAAAGAUUCGCUGGAAUA